CGCUGUUUCAGUCGGAUUUGAUCACGUUGACCCAGGCUGGUCGGGUAAAAGUAGCAGCCAAAGAAGGUGCAGAGACAUAACAAAAAGUAUAUAGCAAUGUAUUUCCCAUCAAAAAUCGCUCUUCCACUUCUCAGAAAUGCUGCACGGUGUGGCUUCCGACAAAGUGCGAUUUUACCAAGAACUUCACAGGCUUUAAUUGCUGCUCAACCUUUACAUACAACUGUUGCAUCACGGGAUAUUGAACAAGCAGCUAAAUUUAUUGGUGCAGGUGCUGCUACGGUUGGUUGCGCAGGAUCUGGUGCUGGUAUUGGAACAGUGUUUGGUAGUUUAGUCAUUGGUUAUGCACGAAAUCCAUCAUUGAAACCACAGUUGUUUUCCUACGCUAUAUUAGGAUUUGCUUUAUCUGAAGCUAUGGGACUGUUCUCACUUAUGAUGUCAUUCUUAAUCUUGUUCGGAUUGUAAAUGAAAAAUAAAUACUUUAUAAAUAACAAAUACAUUGUCGUGUG